UAUUCUUAGCGUGUAGCCAUGAAUAACAAAUAAGUUAUGAUUAAUUAGUUUAAGUAUAGCGUGUAUUCGAGCAGAAAAAUAAAUUUGUUGUGGCUUCGUGAGACGCUUUGCAAAAAUGCAUAUAAAACAGGUUAUCAUCCAGGGCUUCAAAAGUUAUCGCGAGCAAACAGUAGUGGAACCAUUUGAUAAGCGCCAUAAUGUAGUUGUUGGACGAAACGGUUCUGGGAAAAGUAAUUUUUUUUAUGCUAUCCAAUUUGUACUGAGCGAUGAAUUUACUCACUUGCGACCUGAACAAAGGCAAUCCCUUCUUCACGAGGGAACAGGAGCUCGCGCUAUGUCGGCGUACGUUGAAAUUAUAUUUGACAAUUCGGAUAACAGAGUACCGAUUGACAAAGAUGAAAUUUUCUUGAGACGUGUAAUUGGAGCCAAAAAGGACCAAUAUUUUUUAAACAAAAAAGUUGUACCGCGAUCCGAGGUAGUGAAUUUGCUUGAAUCUGCUGGUUUCUCCAAUUCGAAUCCCUAUUAUAUUGUCAAGCAAGGUAAAAUCAACCAAAUGGCUACAGCCCCCGAUUCUCAUCGUUUGAAACUCCUUCGAGAGGUUGCCGGAACCCGUGUAUAUGAUGAAAGAAAAGAAGAAUCUAUGAAUAUUCUGAAAGAAACUGAGGGAAAAGUGGAAAAAAUAACGGAAUUUCUUAAAACAAUCGAGGAUCGAUUGAAAACAUUAGAAGAGGAGAAAGAGGAACUUAAAGAGUAUCAGAAAUGGGACAAAGCACGCCGUACUCUUGAAUACAUUAUUCAUGAAACGGAACUCAAAGACAAUAAAAAACUUUUGGAUGAACUUGAAACCCAACGGAAGGGAUCGGGAGAUAAGCAAAAAGUUCUUUUGCAAGAAAUACAAACAGCCCAAGAGAAAAUAAAAAUCAUUCAAAAGACUUUAAAAGACGCAAAAAAAGACGUUUCCACUACUAAAGACGAGAAAUCCGUGCUAAUUACAGAGCACCAGCAGCUUCUUCGAGAAAAAACAAAAUUGGAUUUAACAAUAUCAGACUUAAGUGAUGAAGUCCAAGGGGAUAACAAAUCAAAAGAACGAGCAGAACAGGAGCUCGAAAGAUUGAAGAUUACAAUAGCGGAAAAAGAAAAAGAACUUGAAAUCGUACGUCCUCGCUAUGAAGCAAUGAGGCGUAAAGAAGAAGAGUGUUCUCGUGAACUCAAUUUGAAGGAACAAAAACGCAAAGAACUUUAUGCUAAACAAGGAAGAGGAUCACAAUUUGCUUCUAAAGAUGAGCGGGAUAAGUGGAUCCAGGGAGAGUUAAAGUCAUUAAAUAAGCAAAUCAAAGAUAAAAUUUCCCAUCAAAAUAAAUUGCUAGAUGAUUUAAGAAGAGAUGCUACAAGACAGAAUGAAUUAGAAAAAAAAAUUGAAGAACAUACCGCUACAUUUGAACAACUCAGAAUUCAAAUUGAUGACCAUAACAAAAAUUAUUACGAUUUAAAAAAGAAAAAAGACCAAUUUCAGGCAACCCGAAAUGAUAUAUGGAAAAAGGAAACACAAGUAACACAGACUCUUUCGGGAAAUAAAGAAGAAUUAGCUAAGGUAGAUCAAGCUCUUCGCUCAAUGGCUGGUAAGCCGAUUCUAAAUGGAAGAGAUUCGGUACGAAAAGUUCUUGAAAAUUUCCAACAAAGAGGCGGUCAGCUGGCAGAUAUAGCAAAUUCCUAUUUUGGUCCAGUUAUAGAAAAUUUCAGUUGUGAUAAAUCAAUAUAUACGGCUGUAGAAGUAACUGCUGGAAAUCGAUUAUUCCAUCACAUAGUGGAGUCGGAUCGUGUGGGAACACAAAUUCUCAAAGAAAUGAACAAGCAAAAACUUCCUGGAGAAGUAACGUUUAUGCCUUUGAACCGUCUUCAAGUGCGAGUGCACGAUUAUCCCGAAGACCCCGACUCUAUCCCUAUGAUUUCAAAGCUUAAAUAUGAAGAACAAUACGACAAAGCUUUACGUUACAUUUUUGGAAAAACUUUGAUCUGUCGUAACCUUGAAAGAGCAACUGAAUUGGCCAAGAGCACUGGACUUGAUUGUGUGACAUUAGAAGGAGACCAAGUUUCAUCGAAAGGAUGCUUGACUGGAGGAUACUUUAACACAUCUCGUUCCAGAUUGGAAAUGCAGAAAAAAAGAUCGGAAUAUUUACAAAUGAUAGAAGAUUCAGAAAAAGAGCUUUCUGUAUUCAAGAGUGAAUUGAAACAAACCGAAUUGAGCAUUAAUAGUAUUGUAUCAGAAAUGCAAAAAACUGAAACUAAACAAGGAAAGUCGAAAGAUGGAUUCGAAAAAGUUCAGGCUGAUAUAAGGUUGAUGAAGGACGAAUUAUCGAGAAUUGAACGUUUUCGAAGUCCGAAAGAACGAUCCCUAGCCCAAUGCAAAUCCAAUCUUGAAGCUAUGAACAGUACUAAAGACGGAUUGGAAAAUGAGUUGCAUCAAGAGCUCAUGUCUCAACUAACUGUUCAAGAUCAACAUGAAGUUGACCAGCUAAAUGAUGAUAUACGUAAACUGAACCAGGAAAACAAAGAGGCAUUUACUUCACGCAUGAGUAUGGAGGUCACAAAAAAUAAGUUGGAAAAUUUAUUGACCAACAACCUAUUUCGUCGUAAGGAUGAACUUGUACAAGCUUUGCAAGAAAUAUCUGUAGAAGAUCGCAAACGUCAACUAAAUAAUUGUCGAAAUGAAUUAUCAACCACUGAAAAGCGUGUCAGAAAAGUCCUCAAUGACAUUGAUGAUGUCGAUAGAAAAGUAAACGAAGCAGUUCGUCAACAAAAGGCAUUGCAGAAAGAUUAUGAACAGUGGAUCCAUAAGGAGAAGGACUCUCAGGAAAAACUUAAUGAAGAUUCUAAAAAAUUUGAAAAAUGGGCUGCUAAAGAGAAUAUACUACACCAGAAAAUUGAAGAAUGCACUGAAAAAAUUGCCAGCCUGGGUGCACUACCACACGUUGAUCCUUCGUAUCAUAAAUUAUCAUUGAAACAGGUUAGUGUUUUCGACAAUCACCCUAUACGGUCUACUAUCACCAUCACAGUAGUGGAAUUUCUGCUAUUCAAAGAACUUGAAAAAGCCAACAAUCAUUUGAAAAAAUACAAUCACGUAAACAAAAAAGCUUUAGAUCAAUUCCUGAGCUUCUCUGAACAAAAAGAAAAAUUGUAUAAAAGAAAGGAAGAGCUUGACGUCGGAGGAGCCAAAAUCCGGGAACUGAUGCAGAAUCUUGAGUUGCGUAAAGUGGAGGCUAUCCAGUUUACUUUUAGACAAGUAGCUGCCAAUUUUACUGAAGUGUUCAAAAAACUGGUUCCACAAGGUUCAGGUCAUUUAAUACUUCGUACACAAAACGACACUGAAGGAAAUGAUAUGGAAAAAGAAGUUGAAACAUCAGAUGACUUUACUGGCAUCGGAAUAAGGGUCUCUUUCACAGGAGUAGAUGCUGAAAUGCGUGAAAUGAAUCAACUCUCCGGAGGACAGAAAUCUUUGGUAGCUUUAGCGUUGAUUUUCGCUAUUCAAAAAUGCGACCCUGCACCGUUUUAUCUAUUUGAUGAAAUAGAUCAGGCGUUGGAUGCUCAACAUCGCAAAGCUGUUGCCGAUAUGAUUCACGAACUAAGCGAUAAAGCGCAGUUUAUAACAACAACAUUCAGGCCAGAACUACUAGAAAAUGCACAUAAGUUUUAUGGAGUGCGUUUUCGUAACAAAGUAAGUCACGUGGAUUGUGUUACUCGCGAGGUAGCCAGAGAUUUCGUUGAAGAUGACACUACGCAUGGAUAAGAUAUACAAAUUUUAAAUGUUAAAAAAAAUAAAACAAAUUUGAAAUAAAAAUAAGUUUAAGGAAAAAGCCAAUAAGUUUUUUCAUGUGUUUUUUAAAUGUGUUUAAAUUUAAAAAUGGUGUGUGAAACAAGACUUCAAUCAAUCAUUCGUCAUGUGACAUUCUAUAAUUCUAUAGUUACAGAUACAGUACCGUUCAUAAUUGUAUAGAAAUUGGAAGCACGCGCACUGUCACUUCGACUUUGAACUUCCAUAACUUUUUACUUUGAUGAUAAUUUUUGAUCAAAUUUUUUGUGUUAGAUAGAUCAACUAUCACACUAUUAUAUCCCAAAAUUUGAGCUUUCUGGAGUUUGUGUGGCCUAAGACACAGUAAUUCUACGAAAGUCGGACUUUUUGGACUUUUCUCAUUUAAAGUGCAAUAUCUCAGAAACUACGCUACAUUUCUUAUUGAAAUUUUGCAGAGUGAUUGUUGAAAUAUAAAGCUAGCAUGUCUGAAGUUUGCGAAAAAUUCUAUCGAUGAGAUCAA